ACGACAAAAAAAAUUAUGGUACCGUACGUACCCUACGAUGCUUUACUGGACUAUCAUCAUCCUAUGAUGAUUGUAGCUAGCUUGUACCGUGAUAUCAUACUACGAGUACGUACGUACUAGAAAAGACUUCCAUGAAAACGAGAUUUUUUCAAAUUCCUCUUUGCCUUCUUCCUUCCAUGCAAUGGGUUCAACCACAACGACGUUCUCAUCAUUUUUGGAUCGUCAUCCACAACUUUUUGUAAUUGUCGAGCACGAUACCGAUGCUACACCGAGAAACCAGUAGAUCAUUAUAAUUGAUUUCCAAUUGGUCGCUACCUACGAAAGAGAAGAGAAUGUUUUUUCGUAAUUCAUCAGUAAUAACAACGGUACUGUUUCUUUCGACUACGACUACAAAAUUAACAACCAUGGCUCUUUCUACAAAAACAAAGCCCAGCGUAGAUCGCUGUCCAACGAUGAGGAGCAUUGCUACAACGCUCACUGACUUUUCAUCCUCUUCGUCGACUGAGCUAUCUUCGACGAGCAUUGACGAAAGAAUUAAGCAGAUGGCGGAACGAGCCAAGAAUGGGACACCGUUUACUGAAGAUGAAAUCCGAGAUAUUGCGAACUCGCUCCAAAAUUUGGCGCCCGUUGUAGAUAACAAGAAAGUGGCUAGCUCGUGCAAAGAAAUUGACUUUUCUGGGCUUAAGAGCCUGUUGGGAGGAGUCGCUCACUUAUCCCACAAAGAUUGGGCUGUGACCUCCGAGAAUAGCGACAAAUUAUGUGAAACUCUAGCGGUAGAAUCAUCGUCACCAUCAGAUUCUGCUUCUACCGAUUUCCCUUUAUCGGCACCCGCCCGGCAACUCCUUGAGCGAAUAAUCAAAGAAGGUAAUUGGGAUGGCGCCGUACGUAAUGCGAACCGGUCGGACCGUCCAGCCGAUGAAAAAUCAUGGGCUGUCUUGGUCACAGGUGUGAACGGAAUUCGAAAAACCACGAGUAUGUAUCAACCAUGGUUUGGGGAUCUCCUCUCAGAAGCCAUCAUUUGUCCAGCUACCUGUGGAGCUUCCGAAACCAAACAGAAAGCACCAAAAGGCCUUCCAACAGGAUCGAAUUCGUUCUUUCGGCAACUCGAUCACAUGAUUUGCACUCUGUGCAACGAAGAAUUUACGAGACUUUACGCAUGGUCCACUUCGCAGUUGCCGAAGGUUGAAGAUGAUGGGAAGCCUAUCCCUUCGGACGAAGUGGUCGACCAAUAUUCUAAAUACAAGGUAAUUGCAAAAUUUCUUUGUUCUGAAUGUAUUCGUUCGCGGUUUUCGCGUGUCGUGAAAAAGUCGCAUUAUCUUCUGAUCCAUUCCAAUCCCUUUUUUGUACGAACAACAGGCCGCAAUUUUCAGUCGAUAUAGGACUAUUUCAGAGUUAUUGGGAGCACUGCUUCUGAAACAAGCUMAAAAAGUUGAUAUAAAUUGUAUGAUGGAAACCAGUGGAAGGGAUGUAGCAAUGUUUCACUAUGUGGAUCAUUUUUUUGGCGAGAACACGAGUUACAAUAAACUGGCCUUACACUUCACCAUCAAUGAUUUGACUUUUGCCAAGCAAUCAGUCGAUCGACGCAUGAUUGAUGAGAUCCAGAGGGGAAGCCAGGCACUUGGAAACAGUAACGUCUUCGAUAUCGUGUAUACAAACCAAGGUGGACCCUACGGGUCAAAAGUCUUGGACGGUGUUCAGGCCGACUCGGAUAGAGUUUGGGAAAGUGAAGUUCUUUCAGGAAAUGUUGGCGAGGAUUGGUACAAAGCAACAAUUGCAAUCAACGCUCACGAGACGGAGCCCUGGACAGCCCAAGCUGUCAAACCCGAUGGAAGUUUGGGAACAAAAUUCGCUUUUGGUCCGAAGAAGUAGAACUUGCUCCACUAUCGCACCGUACCGUAUUGUUAUCAGCAUCGUUAUUCUCGCCAAUCCAUAAAAUUUUGCAUUACAA